GUGCUGUUUGUUCUGGGCAGAGACCGAAGCGUGGAAAGUGCUGAAAAAGCACAGUGCCCUCUUUAACCGGGACCUGAGAGGUGAGACCCGCGGCAGCUGCCGCGGCCAGGGAAAGAAGAUGGCCAAUGCCGGGUCCUUCGGCGUGAAGCUGGAGAAGUCUGUCAGGCGCCUUAGGGAGCAGUUUCAUGGCAGCAUAUCUGUGGCAAAGGCAAAUGUCUUAAUGGAGAGAUACAACCACAAUCACGACUUGGUCUCUUCCUGGCUGGUUAAACAAAUGGAUGAGCUCAGAUUAGAAAAUGAAGAUGGGAGCCAAGCAGACCCAGCUGUCCAGGAUGGACAGAAUGCCUUGAAGGACAGAGAUAUUCAGGAGGUGGCUACCACCAUGAGCUUAUUACCCCUGACAGAGAAAAAUCUGCGCAUGUUGGAUGAUGCCCAGAAAGGCCAAAUUGGCAAGGAGGACUGUCAGUUUGCCUGCAGAAUGUGUGAUCACAUGUGGUGGCGCCGGGUACCUGAGCGCAAAAAGGUGUCCCGAUGCCGGAAGUGCAAGGUGAAAUAUGACCCAGUGCCCAAAGACAAGAUGUGGGGGAAAGCUGAGUUCCAUUGUUUACAGUGUGGUCAUACCUUCACGGGUUUUGCCCAGAUGGGAACUCCAUCCCCAUGCUUCCACUGUGGCAGCCCUGUCCUCCCAAGUCGAAUCCUCCCCCCACGCCGAUCCCAGACUGAGAGAGUCACCAAAAACACACACCGAUGCUCUGCUGAGAACUGCUACAACAGACAAGGACCCUACACCCCAGGAGCCUGCUGUGUGCACCCUAAGACCCGGCAACAAAACAAUAUGCCUACUGUCUUGUUCCCAAGUGCCGUCCACGAGAGCACUGGCUCCACUGUGGCCACCUGCCUUAGCCAGGGCAGCCUCAUUGAGGACCUGGACAACUUGAUCCUGGAGGACCUCAAAGAGGAAGAAGAAGGAGGGGACGAUAACUAAGAACCUUCAGUCACCCUUCCUACCCUGCAAUCCCCUACAGACCUGGAGGACCAGUGUUGACCUAUGGGACCAAGAGAAGUUGGGAGUGGGUCCUCAGCUGUGGUCUGCAGAAAGUCUGAGGUCACUCAGGGGAAAGCCUCAAGUUACUCAGGCCUCUCCCUGUGAUAGGAGUGCACAUAUGUGGAAGGCAGGUGAGGGCCCGCUAAUGUGGGAGACCCCCUACCCACGGGCCAUAUACACAGACAUAUGUUAUGAUGCUAGCAUUUUAUAUGUCAUGUUCAAAGUAAUAAAGAGACGUGCCUAUUUCUAAA